AUGUCCCGGCCCGGCAGUCCCCGGCCGAGCCCCCCGGAGCCGCCCCACGCAGAACCGGUCCCGCAGCCAGAGGCCGGAGAGCCCUCGCGUCCUUCGCCGAGGCCGAUUCCAGCGGCGCCAUCGGCAGAGCUGAGCCCUGUGCCGAGGAAGGAGAAACCCCUGGAACAUGAGGAGUCCCCAAAAGUCCUGACCAAGGGCCCCCGGGCCGAGCUCACAGGAGCUCCCAAAGCUGUGACAUGCCAGCCCCAGGUGAGACCAGCCCUGCAGCCCCCCGGGCCCUGUACCCACCUGCUGCAGAACGGGCGGGGGCCGGACCCGGGCGGUGCCAACGGGGACGCGGGGAACGGGCUGUUCCGGCCCCUGCCCAGCACGCAGAAACCUCAGCGAAAGCUGCAGUCACACCAGUCCAUCAACAGCCAGAGCAGCAAGAAGAGCAAGGGCAGCUCCAAGUCGGCCUCUUCCCACAUCCCUAUUGAGGCACAAGAAGAUUGCUGCGUCCACUGCAUCCUCUCCUGCCUCUUUUGCGAGUUCCUGACCCUCUGCAACAUCGUUCUGGACUGUGCCACCUGCGGCUCCUGCACCUCCGAGGACUCCUGCAUCUGCUGCUGCUGCUGCAACUCGGGCGAGUGCGCGGACUGCGACCUGCCCUGCGACAUGGACUGCGGCAUCAUCGACGCCUGCUGCGAGUCUGCCGACUGCCUGGAGAUCUGCAUGGAGUGCUGCGGGCUCUGCUUCUCCUCCUGAGGGGCUGCUCGGCGGGGGGACCUGCAGUGGGACCCCCCCAGGCCCUCCCGCAGCGGGUGAGGGUCCCUGAGCUGCUGGGAAAUGCUGACAGACAGAGCCUGGAGAAGGAGGAGAGCAACAUCCCCCACUGCAAACCUCAUCCCCGGAGCUGGUGAGCCAGACCUGGGUCCUGCCUGGGGAAUGGUGGAUCCGCAGGGCCGGGGGGACUGCAGGGGUGGUGGUGGCAUCCUGUCACCCUCUACCUCCUCCCCACAGCGGGCGGGUUUGUGAAGCAGGGCGGGAGCCUCCUGCCACCUGAGCCGAGAGCAGGAGCGCCCGUCCCGCAGAGCCCGCAGGUGCCACCCCAGCUCCUGGCCCUGGGGACAGCCUGUCCCGCUGC